GUGUGCAGGCAGUUAGCUGUGGCUGUGGGACUGGGGGCCGGCUCUGGAUGAGCAUGGAGAGAACUCCCGCGGGUAUGCCAGCCCAGCGGCUCUGGCGGGUGCCCUGCACCGAACCGCGUUUCAGCUGCAUCCCAACCAGCUGAGCCUCCUCCAGUAGUGGGAGCCACGCUCGGAGCAAGGACAGGAAAGGCAUCCGGCAGAACAGACACCCAGGAUCCAGAGCGCAGCCAAGGUCUAGAGCCAGAGACGCCGGGUCCACAGGCGCGUGGCGACCAGGAAGGCUGACCUGGGGGACCUGGCGCGUAGUCGUCUAUCUCCACAUCCAGAGGUGCCGCUUCUGGUCGCUCUCCAGCUGCCUCUGCCUCACCAUGGAGUCCCCGGUCCAGAUCUUCCGAGGAGAGCCAGGCCCCACCUGUGCCCCAAGCGCCUGCCUGCUCCCCAACAGCAGCGCUUGGUUUCCCGGCUGGGCAGAGUCCGACAACGGCAGCAUCGGCUCCGAGGACGCGCAGCUGGAGCCCGCGCACAUUUCCCCGGCCAUCCCGGUCAUCAUCACCGCGGUCUACUCCGUGGUGUUCGUCGUGGGCUUGGUGGGCAAUUCGCUGGUCAUGUUCGUGAUCAUCCGAUACACAAAGAUGAAGACGGCAACCAACAUCUAUAUAUUUAACCUGGCUUUGGCAGAUGCCUUGGUUACUACCACCAUGCCCUUCCAGAGCACUGUCUACCUGAUGAACUCCUGGCCGUUUGGGGAUGUUCUGUGCAAGAUUGUCAUCUCCAUUGACUACUACAACAUGUUCACCAGCAUAUUCACCUUGACCAUGAUGAGUGUGGACCGCUAUAUUGCUGUGUGCCAUCCUGUCAAGGCUUUGGACUUCCGUACACCUUUGAAGGCCAAGAUCAUCAAUAUCUGUAUUUGGCUCCUGUCAUCAUCAGUUGGCAUUUCAGCAAUAGUCCUGGGAGGCACCAAAGUCAGGGAAGAUAUGGAUGUCAUUGAGUGCUCCUUGCAGUUUCCAGAUGAUGACUACUCCUGGUGGGACCUCUUCUUGAAGAUUUGCGUCUUCGUCUUCGCCUUUGUGAUCCCGGUCCUCAUCAUCAUCGUCUGCUACACCCUGAUGAUCCUGCGCCUGAAGAGUGUCCGGCUCCUGUCUGGCUCCCGGGAGAAGGAUCGCAACCUCCGCCGGAUCACCAGGCUGGUACUGGUGGUAGUGGCAGUCUUUAUCAUUUGUUGGACCCCCAUUCACAUCUUCAUCCUUGUGGAGGCUUUGGGUAGCACCUCCCAGAGCACAGCAGCCCUCUCCAGCUAUUACUUCUGCAUUGCCUUGGGUUACACCAACAGCAGCCUGAACCCCAUUCUCUACGCCUUUCUCGAUGAGAACUUCAAGCGGUGUUUUAGGGACUUCUGCUUCCCUAUUAAAAUGAGGAUGGAGCGACAGAGUACUCAGAGCAGAGUUAGAAAUACAGUUCAAGAUCCUACUUACAUGAGGGAUGCGGAUGGGAUGAAUAAGCCAGUAUGACUAGUCGUGGAGAUGUCUUCUUACAGUUCUCUGGGACGAGAAGAGUUCAAUGAUCUUGGUUUAACCCAGAUUACCACUGCAGUCUGAAAUGGAAAGAUGGGGUAUUUAAUAAACUGAGAAAUUUCAUGGUUUGAAGUCAACAGAUGCAGGCUGCAUUAGUGAUCCAGUGUGUGGGGCAGCAAGGCUGAAGGACAGAGCCCAGACCAUCCUGGCCACAAAUGUACCUAUUUUCUAGGCCAGAGGAGCCAAUCUAAUCUCGGUCCCUCUGACAAACAGAGAGAAACCUCCCCUGGUUUCCUUGAUUUAGUUUAAUCUCCAUCUGUUGUGGCCAUCCUAUGCAACAUUGUUCCAAUGCUCUGGAAAAAAGUAAAAGGAAAAAGCAAAGCAAAACAAAACCAUUAGUUCCAGAGCUUAUUGGACAUUUGAUCUGUAUGCUUAACACCAACAGCAACAACCUCUGUAAAAAUGUAAGACUGUUUCCAGGCUUGUA